AACAAAGUCAAAAGAAACGGUGACGCAUACAGGAAAAUAACCGCAUAGUAAUACCGUUGUCGACUAUAUUGACUUGCUCUUGAUUAGAGAGUGUUAGAGGGAUUUUAAUUUCUAUGUUUAGAAACAAGGAAGGAAGCCAUAGCCAAUCAGCCAUGCCUGAGUUUUCUACUCCGCUAUCGCUUCGCCUUCUCGUGUUCUUCUAUUCUUUAUCUCUUCACUCUAUUACAGGCUUAUCUGAUGAUAUGCCAAGUUCCAAAGAUGACAGUGGGAAUGGUUCGUCGAAAACGAGUAGUGGUUUUGGGACCAAGGUUGCUAUUGUAUGCCUUGCUGUUGUAGUUGUAGUACUUUUUUCUAUCUUCCUUUUCAAGAUAUGGCAAAAAAAGAAACGAGAAGAACAAUAUGCGCGUCUUCUAAAGUUGUUUGAAGAGGAUGAUGAGCUUGAGGUGGAACUGGGUCUAAGAGAUUAAACAUGCAUUGCAUCACCAAUGUAGUCCCAGGAAUAUGCUUCUGUGUCUCAAGAAUGGUUCCUUCGAUGAUCAUUGGUGCUGGCUACUUAGUGCCAGACCGUUUCCUUGUAGAUUGCUGUAAUUGUAAGAAAAAUUUAUGUUAUAUUAUUAGUCAUCUUUCAGUAAUUUGGCUACUAUACAUAAUAGAAACAUCAAUGCAAAAUGCUUGAUUCAUAGUUUUGUAAAGAUUCUGGGAUAUACAAGAUCCUAUCUGCAAACACCUUGUGUAUAAGGUGCAUGUAUAUAUUCGGUUGCAAUCGUUUCCCACAACAGAUUUGGCCCCAAUUGCAAGGUUCCAAAGAGAAAACAACAUGCUCGAAAAUGGAGAGAUCCUUCUCGGCCAUGAAAUUGGCUGCCAAAUUGAUCUAUUCAAAACAGUGGUAAAAUGGAGAGAACCUUCACAUUAGUGAGGAAAAUGAAAAUACAAGCAACUAUGCCUGUUCAAGUAAGCAGGUUAAGAUUGAGAAAUAUCGACUUAACAACUUAGGUUAACUCGGUUCAAGCAAUUGUCUUUAAUAGUUUAGAUUGGGUCAACAAUCAUUAGAUUAGACCCAACCUAGCCUACAUAUUCUCAGCAAAACUUUUUUGAUUAUUAGGUAGAACCUUCGAACAACAUAGUUCAACAUC